GUGCUGAUGCCACGGUGAUCUACGUCCCCCCUCCUGGUGCCGCCAAGGCCAUCAUGGAGGCUGUGGAGGCAGAAAUGGGUCUGAUUGUGUGUAUCACCGAGGGCAUCCCCCAGCAGGACAUGGUCAAGGUCAAGCACGCCCUUCUCCGCCAGUCCAAGAGCCGGCUUAUCGGUCCGAACUGCCCUGGUAUUAUUGCCCCAGAGAAGUGCAAGAUCGGGAUUAUGCCCGGCCACAUUCACCAGAAGGGAUCGAUCGGCAUUGUCUCCCGAUCUGGAACCCUCACAUACGAGGCCGUGCACCAGACCACCCAAGUUGGUCUCGGACAGACCUUGUGUGUGGGCAUUGGUGGGGACCCCUUCAACGGCACUAACUUCAUUGACUGUCUCGAGACUUUCCUUAAGGAUGACAACACAAAGGGUAUUAUUCUCAUUGGUGAGAUUGGUGGUGGUGCUGAAGAAGCUGCAGCUGCGUACUUAAAAGAACAUAAUGCUGGACCUACAGCCAAGCCUGUUGUAUCCUUUAUCGCUGGUCUUACUGCCCCACCUGGUCGUCGCAUGGGACACGCUGGUGCCAUCAUCUCUGGAGGCAAGGGAGGUGCUGAGGAUAAGAUUAAGGCCCUUGAGAAUGCUGGUGUAAUCGUCUCGAGGAGCCCAGCGCAAAUGGGAAAUAUGUUAUUGGCGGAGAUGAAACGUCUUGGCAAAUCGUAAGCUGAUUGUGGGUGCGGAAAAUUGGGGCAAUGUAAAGGAUCAAGAGAUAUCACAUUCGUGUCCCAGCAAGAAUUUGGGGAAAUUUUACAGACAAAGAAAUGCCACGUGCUCGAACUCAGGCUUUUGAGUGUGCGUUUCCAUAGUCAGGGAUAUGCACACAUUAAGCCUGGGUUGAAGUACUGACUUAGUAGGGAUAGUCACUUAGGGAACAUAUUUUUAGCUUUUCUCUCACACAGUUUUACUUUUUUUUCAUCCUGCAUGCAGCCAUGAAAGGAAUUUAGAAACCUAUGACAACACUUGAUUAUAUUCAUGAAUGGUCAUUUAUAAAUCAAAUGUAAAACAGAAGUUUAUAGUCAAGAGUGUGUAUAUAUUUUCAUUUGAUGCACAGUAAUUGUUAGUCUGAAGGAGGUUAAUGCAUUGCUAAUUAGUAUCUUGUAUGAAUAAUUAACUUAUUUUCUCAUGUAUUUUGUUAUCUAAAGCAAGGAAAUCCCUAUUGCUGUCUUCAAAAGCAGUGGUAAAUUAUCACUUGUUAUUAAUUCCAUGUGUUGCUACCUACAGAGAUCAAUCUUGUAAAUAUAUUACCAAUUUUAUAUUGGGAACAUGUAUAUAUAUUCUUGAUCAAGAGUAAAGCAAAUAAAUGAUACAUGUUC